GACGUCUGACUCAUUAGGCACUGACAGCAGUAAACAAAUAUGGAAUAUCGUUAUCAGUAAACGUUAAUUAUUCAAUUUUAUUUCAUUAAAUGUUUCUACUUACUAUCUAAGUUGAUCUGAAAAAUAAUAAAGAGUAAAAUGGUUAUUAAGCUUAUAAAGAUCGAUUCUACGGAAGCUGCUAAAAUAACUCUAUCCAUUGGUUCUCAUUUAUUUGGAAGGGGCAAACUUUUGAAUGUAGAAGAUAAAAGAGUAUCGAGAAAGCAUGGUGAACUUAUAGUCAACGAGGAUAAACUUAUUGUUAAGGCACUACACCAAAAUCCUUGUUUCUACAAAAAAGACAAGAGUGACAUACAGGUAUUAAAAUGUGAUUGCGAAGUCGAUUUAUCUAAUGGCGAUAGGUUUGGGUUAUUACCAGACUCACAUUGGUUUGAAAUUAUAAUCCAUCCAACAAAUGAACAAGAUGCUAUUGAAAGUGAAGAAGUACAUGAACAAGAAAACACAGAAAAUUACGAUGAGACUGUGGAUGGAACAGUGUGUAAUGAACGGUCAGAUUCGCCGGUGAUAGACUUACAACAAGUAAAUUUCGUAAGUGAAAUGGACAAUCCCGCACAGACAACAAGCAAUGAGCACUCAAAUACAAUUGAAGAUACAAAUACGAUAGAAAACGAUAUGUCUGUAGAAGACGCAAGUACUGAAGAAAAUGAAACAACUGUAGAAAACCCCCCAGCAGCAGAACCACCAGCUGUUGAAACGACACCAGAAAAUUCAGGAACAGAUGCAGAAGAACCAAAAUCACCACAGAAACGGAGUCACAGCCCUGAAGAAGACAAUGCGAAGAGAGUCAAAUUGGAGCCAUCUGAUGUGAAACAAGAACCAGUUGAUGUUAAUCCUGGCCCAAGCGAUAGUGGGAAUGCAAAUGCCAAUAAUAAUGGCAUGCCACCAUCACCACAGAAGCAACCAAAUAAUCUCAGAGAGAGAUGUUACUAUGGGGCAAGGUGUUACAGACGUAAUCCCCUACACAUGGCGCAAUUCAGUCACCCCAAAGACCCGGACUGGGGAACUGGGGACAAAGGGGAAUGCCCAUACGGGGCUAAUUGCAGCAAGCCCCACCAAAAACAUUGGGACACGCACAACCACCCUCCAGGGGUUUGCCGACCGGUUAAUCAAGGAGUAUGCGUACAAAGAAACGGGAAAAACAUAUAUAUUAGAGCAAACACAGUCAAUAUAUACGACGAUCAUAUAGAGGCGGAAGAUUCCGAUGGCGACAGUGUCGAUAUAGACUAUGAAUACUAACAAAUAAUAUGUAAAAAAAAACUUAUAAAUAACCAUGAACCACAAUAAUAAUAAACGAAACAUUAUGAUUAAGACGUCGAAAAAAAUCAUGUAAAAAUGUGAAGAAAUCAAUAUUCAAAGUUAAAAUUGUCUGACAGGUGGACGGAAAAAUAAGAAACGCAGAUAUAGUACAAGCGACGAUAGCGAUGGAAAUGUUCAGAAUUUGAUUGUUACUGGGAAAAGAAAGCGGAAAACAAUCCAACGGAAUAUGCCCAGCUCUGAAUCGGAGGAGACCGA